AACAAGUUUCAGAAGUUAGCCAAUGUCUUCUCUCUGCACACCUACUGUACAGAGGGAACCACACUGCACUGCGACUGCAAGCUCUUGGGAGAAUACUUCAGCCGGAAAGAGGAAAGCAAGACCCUUCCAAGAUAGGAUUUGAGCUGGUCUGUUAUUUUCUGGCCCUGCUAAAGAGCAUGUUUUCCUCUGGAGCAACAGGGUUGGAGAUGAUGGUGGAGGAGACAAACGUUUUUAUCUUCUUUUGACUGUAGAAUGUGAAAUGUAAAGAACUAUGAGAAAAUGAUAAGCAUCAUCACCACAGAAGACCAAAAGAAGCAGAGAAAAUAACUACAAGAACUAUGUAAAGCAGGGAAACAUGGCCCUUCAGUCAUGGAUUCUGACUUACUUUUGCCUGCUCUCAUCUGGAACCAGUGAGUUCUUCUUCAGAGCAAAUUACUCCAGAAGCUAUCCCUGUGAUGAGAUAAAGAAAAAUGGCGUUGUGAUUGCAGAAUGCAAUGAUCGCAGACUUCAAGAAGUUCCCCAAACUAUAGGCAAAAAUGUGACAGAAAUAAACUUGUCUGACAAUUCCAUCAUGCAUGUAACAAACGAGUCCUUUCGAGAGCUGCGAAACCUCACUAAAAUAAAUCUGAACCACAAUGCCAAUCAAGCACAUCCAAAUGAAAAUAAAAGUGGUAUGACUAUUACAGAUGGAGCAUUCCUCAACCUAAAAAAUCUGAAGGUGCUACUACUUGAAGACAACCAAUUAGAUGCUAUGCCUACUGGCUUGCCUGAGUCUUUGACAGAACUUAGCCUAAUUCAAAACAAUAUAAAUACGACAACUAAAAACAACACUUUGGGGCUUAGGAACUUGGAGAGACUCGAUUUGAGCUGGAACUGCUAUUUUUAUUGUGAUCAAAACUUUAGCGUGGAAGAUGGGGCAUUUCAAAACCUUAUACACCUGAAGGUGCUCUCAUUGUCUUUCAACAGGCUUUUCCACGUGCCUCCCAAACUACCAAGCUCCCUAACAAAACUUUUUCUGAGCAAUGCCAAGAUUAUGACUAUCACGCAGGAAGACUUCAAGGGACUGGAACAUUUAACAUUACUAGAUCUGAGUGGAAACUGUCCGAGGUGUUACAAUGCCCCAUUUCAAUGCACGCCUUGUGAGAAAAACUUGUCCCUCACCAUUCAUCGCCUUGCUUUUCAAGGUCUCACCCGACUUCAAUAUCUAAACCUCUCCAGCACUUCCCUCCAGUCCAUUCCUUCCACCUGGUUUGACAAUCUGACAAAUCUGACAGAACUCCAUCUUGAAUUCAACUAUUUACUACAAGAAAUUGCUUCAGGGGAAUUUUUAACAAAACUACCCAACUUACAAAUCCUUGAUCUCUCUUACAACUUUCAACAAAGCAAAUAUUUGCCAUCUAUUAAUAUUUCCUCGAACUUCUCUAAGCUUCAUUCUCUCAAGAGGUUGCACUUAAAGGGCUAUGUAUUUCACAAACUUGAACAGAAGAAUUUUGCACCCCUUCAGAGUCUUCGAAACUUAACCACUAUAGACUUGGGCGUUAACUUCAUUACGAAAAUUGACUUUAAAAUUUUCCAAGAUUUUCCCAACCUGAAAGUUAUCUCAUUGUCAGAAAACCGUAUAACACCCAUAGCAGACCACACAAACAACUCCUCUUUGCCAUAUCAUCUCCUUAAAUCUGGCUCAAGGGUCACCAAGUUUGAUCCACAUGCGAAUUUUUAUCACAGCACCAGACCUUUAAUAAAGCCACAGUGCGCUAAGCAUGGCAAAGCCUUGGAUUUAAGUUUAAACAAUAUUUUCCUUAUUGAGAAAAAUCAAUUUGAACCUUUUCAUGACAUUGCCUGCUUAAAUCUGUCCUUCAAUGCUAACAAUCAAGUGUUGAGUGGCACAGAAUUCUCAGCCAUGCCCAACCUCAGAUACUUGGAUUUAUCUCACAACCGACUGGACUUCGAUAACAACAAUGCUUUCAGCGAACUUCGCAAACUGGAAGUGCUCGACCUGAGUCACAAUGCACACUAUUUCAGUAUAGCAGGGGUAACACACCGCUUAGGAUUUAUCCAGAAUUUAAUGAACCUCAAAGUGUUGAACCUGGGCUACAAUGGCAUUUACACACUCACAGAGGACAAAGAGCUGAAAAGCAUGUCCCUGAAAAAACUGGUGUUCAGCGGAAACCGCCUUGACCUUUUGUGGAAUACAGAUGACACCAGCUACCAGACCAUUUUCAGAAGUCUCAGGAAUCUGACACACCUAGACUUAUCGUACAAUAACCUUCAACAAAUCCCCACUAAAGCAUUCCUCAGCUUGCCCCGGAGCCUCAAAGUGCUACGUGUCAAUGGGAACAAGUUACAUUUUUUUAAUUGGACAUCCCUCCAGUAUUUUCCUCGGCUCCAUUUACUGGACUUACGGAGAAACAAGCUGUAUUUUCUAACCAAUUGCCUCUCUAAGUUUACAUAUUCCCUGAAGAUAUUGCUGCUGGGCCAUAAUAAAUUCUCGCACCUGCCUCCUGGCUUCCUCUCUGAAGCCAAUAGUCUAGUCCACCUGGAUCUAAGUUUCAACAUGAUAAAGAUGAUCAAUAAAUCUUCCCUGCAAACCAAGACUAACACAAGUCUGGCUGUUCUGGAACUAAGCGGGAACCAUUUUGACUGCACGUGCGACACAAGUGAUUUUCGAAGCUGGAUAGAUGAAAACACGAACAUCAAAAUUCCUAGAUUAGUAGAUGUUAUUUGCACCAGUCCUGGAGAUCAAAAGGGGAAGAGCGUCAUGAGUCUAGAGCUCAUGACUUGUCUUUCAGAUACCACUGCAGUGAUCCUGUUUUCCCUCACAUUCCUGAUCACCUCCACAUUUAUGCUGGCCACCCUGGGUCACCAUUUGUUUUACUGGGAUAUUUGGUUUAUCUAUCACAUGUGUUCAGCUAAGUUAAGAGGCUACAGGUCUUUGGCCACAACCCGAACUUUCUACGAUGCUUACAUUUCUUAUGACACCAAAGAUGUGUCUGUUACUGACUGGGUCGUCAAUGAUCUGCGCUACCACCUUGAAGAGAGUGAAGGCAAAAAUGUCCUCCUUUGCUUAGAGGAAAGGGAUUGGGAUCCAGGAUUAGCCAUCAUCGAGAACCUCGUGCAGAGCAUAAACCAGAGCAAGAAAACAAUCUUUGUUUUAACCAAAAAAUAUGCCAAGAGCUGGAACUUUAAAACAGCUUUUUACUUGGCCUUGCAGAGGCUACUGGAUGAGAACAUGGAUGUGAUUAUCUUCAUCCUCCUGGAACCCGUGUUACAGCAUUCCCAGUACCUGAGGCUGCGGCGGAGAAUCUGUAAGAGUUCCAUCCUCCAGUGGCCUGACAACCCCAAAGCGGAAAACUUGUUUUGGCAAAGUCUGAAAAACGUGGUCCUGACUGAAAAUGAUUCACGCUAUGACAAUUUCUACACUGAAUCCAUUAAGCAAUAUUGAUACUGGGAAGUCAUGACUCCGUGCCAUCCUAAAAACACAUGGCUUCUCUUUGCAAAGGACUGUGAUGAGUGCAGAAACUCGGGGCUGCUCAAGGUGCUGCUCGUCCCUAAACAGGGUCCUUGCAUCAGUCCCUCUAAGGCUCAGGUAACUUUGUGGAAGAGGUGGUCGAAAGAAUGUAUGAGCUGGAAGACAUGGAGAAGGGCUGAGGAUGCUCUCAUUUGGGCAUGACGCAGCCACUGUGGUCAUGAUCUCAUAGCAACUAUGGUUGCUCACAGUGGGCCUGCAUGGAAGUACUGAACGUGAGAAAGACCCUUGUAGGGAGGAGGGUGGAUUGGUCACAGUGAGAGGGAGAGAGGAAAAGGUAGACAUGAGAGUAACUAUAACACAGCUCAGAACACCUUGGCUAAGGGAAAAUAGUCUGACCAAGAUGAGCGAUUGGCUGAGUCAGUCAUUAACCAUUUCCUUGGACUGAAAUGCAGGGACGGUCUGCCAUCUUUGUCGCAGAUCAUCAGUGUCAGAGGGUUAGACCACAUGGGCAAUCAGCUGGCAGCCUAUUCUACUUACUUUUCAAUUCCUAAGAACAUUUGUCAUUAAGAUGCUGGUGAACUUGACGAUAUAGACGUGGCUAUAGAGUUAUGUUGCAUUGUGAUUGCAUUAAUCCUUCUUUUCAAUGACUUUUUGAAAUAUUUUUGAGAUUAUAAUUACAACAUUUCCUCCUUCUCCUUUCUCCCUCCAAACCCUCUCACAUAUUCCCUCCAACUUUUACAAAUGCUGUCUAUGAUAUUUACUUUUAAGGUUUUGAUGAAAGUAAAAACUGAAAAUGAUAGUUUUUAAAUUCCCUUUUUUUUUUUUACAAUUUUAAAGGCAUCCAUUUAAAUGAAAAGCUUUUGGAGUGUUUGUUAAUUCCCAUUUGGUGUACAUCUUGAAAUGAAUGAUUAAAAUUUCUUCAUUUUACAUGACAAAUGUGUGAUAAAUCUAUAGUAGGAAAUUAUAAUUGUAAUUGUAUUGUAAUAUAAAAGUUAUCAUCUGCAUUGAUUAUUUCUGAGUUUUCUUUUUUGAAAAAUCUCCUGGAAAAUUAAAAGGGAUGCAGCUUUCAUAUGAAGAUUAUUAAAGAGGAAUUAAUUCUAUCUUAUUUCAGUAUCAGAAGAAAAAAUCCAAAUGUCUAUUGGUAUAUUUUAUUAAUUUCCCCAAACAGAACAAGUUUGACACUUCUCACUGCCACUAAAAGUGUCUUGCUUCUUUUGGUCAGUUUAUCGCAUCCUCUGUCCUUUAUCAAUAUGAAACAUGUCAUGAAAUUUAUGUUUGAACAACUGGAGAUUAUGCAAAUAUGGUAACAUAGGGCCUGAGAAGACAGCUCCCUUGGUAAAGUGCUUGCUUCAUAAGGAGUCCUCAUAACACUAGUUUAAAAAAAAACAGAUGUGGUAGAAUGUACUUAUAAUCUCAGGGCUGAGGGAGUAGAAAGAGGACUUGAUGGCCAACCAGCCUAUCACAAUCAGGGGAGCCCUAGGUCUCAGUGAGUGACCCCACCUCAAAAUGUCAAGAUAGAUGAUUCCCCAGGAGAACGAUGCCAAAGUUAUCUCCACAUACAUUAACACAUGCAGGUACACUCUGGUGGGGGAAGGGGAGAGAGAGAGACAGAGAGAGAGAGAGAGAGAGAGAGAGAGAGAGAGAGAGAGAGAGAGAGAGAGAGAGAAUCCCUUUAAAUGUAAAGAAGAAUCUUCAAAGCACCAUCUUUCCUUCAGUCCAGUUUAUAUUAACCUUGUUAAGUACAGCUUUAGUUAACCUUAACCUUGCAGGAUAGAAUAUUCUAAAAUAUGCAUUUCUAAGGACUUCACCAAAAUAGUAUGACAAAACAUUAUUGGAUAUGGGCAAAAAGAAAUUAGAACAAGUUGGCCAAAGAUGAUUUAACUUUGUCCCGUUGGACCUAUUUUGUGACUGUGACACAUGUGUAGAAAGCAGUGAGGCAUAGGGACAAAUAUCUAAAAGAACAAGAUUAUAGAGGGCAGUCAGAGAUCAUCUUUUGUCUUGGUCGCUUUGGGCUGUGGUCUUGUGGUACAAAGCAACACAGAUUGACUGGCUUACAGAUGAAUGAGACUGGUUUCCAGCAGUUGUGCAGAUCUCAAUGUGAGAUGAGGGCCCCUGCAUGACUGGGUUGUGGUUCGGAUUCUCUUCUGUAUUGCUGACUGCUUCUUCACAUGGUAAAGUUACAGUGAGCUCUCUGCCUGAUAACUUUGCGAAGGCUUCCCUUCCUAGCAACCAUACUAGUGGGGUUAGGCUUUCAAUAGGUGAAGUUAAGUUAGCACUUAAGUUAAGUCAGUCUAUAAGUAUCCUUGUUUUCACGACUUUAACUUCAAGACUGAUAAAAGGCUUUUCUUGUAGUCCCUAAUAGUUUUGAUAAAAAAAAAUUAACUAGACAUUGUUUCAGUAGGGUUACUGUUAUGUUUGAAUGGGAAAUGUCCCCCACGGACCCAUGUGUUCGAACUGUUGGUCCUUAGCUGGUGGUGUUGUUUUAGGAAGCUGCGGAACCUUCUGGACAUGAGGCCUAAAUAAUAAACAUCGAAUUGUGUGGGUGGGGACUAUGGCUCACAGUCCGACACAGUUCCAGCUCAGGUUCUCUAACUACUGGGAGGUUCCCUGACUACUAACAUGGGGUGACUAGCUGCCUCAUGCCCCAGCUGAGAUCCCUCCCACUGCAAUGUCUUCCCCAAUCAAGACAGACUGUUAUUGCCUCAGACUAUGUACCACGGUAAAUCCUUCUUCGCUUAAAUGGCUGUGGAGACCCAUAGAUGUGAGCCUGUUCUGCCUUGACUUGAGGUCAGAGCAUUUGAGCUUAUUUCAGCUCUCGCAAAGUUGUUGACAACUUUGACAAAUCCUGGAUUAGAGUGUAGUUACUUGGUGCUUUGGACAGUAAGAUGGUUCAUAGGGGUGAAUCCGCUCCACCCUGACCAAAGGGUAGGGAAUUCAAGCCUAUUCCUGCUCCUUCAUUUUAAAAUAGGAGGUUUGACAGAGAGAGUGGCUGCCUACAAGAUACUUGGUCCGGAGUUUAUCCAUUGCAUAUCUUGCCCAAAAUAUCAAAUGCUUUCAUCAGGAAAUAAUGGCUCGAUGUCUCAGGUAUUGAAGCAAGAAACUGUUCUGGUUGUCCUUUGUGUUAUGUUAAAGCAGUCUUUUGCCUUCUUCCCCCACUUCUAUAUUGGGGUAUAAAAGUGCAUGGAAAAUAAAUGCAUGCGGAUGCAGUAUUCAGUAUACACUAA